AUGUAUAGGUCUACGAAAGGUGCAUCAAAAGCCAGAAGGGAUCAAAUUAAUGCAGAGAUUCGAAACUUGAAAGAUCUUCUUCCUAUCUCUGAAGGAGACAAAGUACGGCUAUCUUACCUCCACAUCAUGUCACUUGCUUGUAUCUACACAAGGAAAUCAGUUUUCUUUUCUAGAGGUCAAUACAUGAAUGAUUUGGAAGGUCUACUUUCUAGUCAAGACUUACAAGAUUUCAUACAUAACCUUCCUGGCUUCCUACUAACCUACACAAGUGAAGGGAAACUGAUAUAUUUGUCUGAUAAUGUUACUGAUCAUCUUGGACAUUCAAUGGUUGAUUUGGUUGCUCAAGGAGACAGUAUUUAUGACAUAAUUGACCCCUCGGAUCACUUUGUCAUGAGGAAUCAGUUGUCUCUCCCAUCAUCACAAGAUAGUGAGAGAAUGUUCAGGUGCAAGUUCAAUACCUCAAAGACAGCCCGAAGACAGAGUGCAGGAAACAAGUUGGUUCUUAUAAGAGGGAGGUUUCAGCAGGCUCCACUUGGCACCUAUUGGUCAUCUAAUCCUGUCUUCACCGCUUUGUGUAUUCCUCUUGACCCAAAACCCAGAGUAACUGAAAACCAUUUUCUGAUGGACUUCUUUGAGAGUCGCCACGCUAAGGAUCUUUCUGUUAUGGAAGUUUCAGAAAGCGCCUUCCUGCACUUGGGUUUAGAGAAAAAUGAUUUGGUCUGCAAGUCAUGGUACAAUCUCAUUCACCCUGAGGACCUGACACAAUUGUCUAUCCAGCAUUAUAAACUAUUAAGUGAAUCUGGUGAAUGCAGAGCAGAAGUGGUUUUACGUCUGCUGACAAGAGACCAGAAGUGGAUAUGGGUGUAUUCCCUGAUGUUACUGGAAAACCCUGAUGCCCCAAUUACAUCUUACAACUAUAUAAUAAGUGACUCAGAAGCAUGGUGCCUGAGACAACAACUGACUUCAGAGGAGUCCCCAAUUUCUUUCCCAGUUGGAGGUCCUUCGCUCCAAGAGAAUCUUCUCUCCCCAGCCAAAGUGUCCAGCCCGGAUCAAGUGUUUACACCCCUUACAAACACACCUACAAGCGUCAGCCAGUCUUUUGAGUUUUCAGAGCCUGUGCCCGUCAGUCCGGAAGAUCCAAUCUUGUGUCAGAAUACCACUACAGUUAUGGAAGAAUCUGUUGCAACAGAGGGACAAUUAGAAAAUCAGUCUCUAUUUUCACUUUACCAACCAACUUCGUAUGAUCAGAGUUUCAGAAGAGAUAAUGCUGGUACUGUACCACCCAAAGAUUUUACUUGCACUCCUCCAUACACUCCACACCAAAACUGUACUUUCUUCUUUGGGGCUUCAGAGAGUGUCCCACAGACAUCUUCUGAAAAGGACAGUACUACCCUAACUCCAGAACUGUAUUACUCCUACUGCAGUUCCCUCUAUGAGAAGCUGCCACCAACCCCUGAUAGUCCUGGGGAUGGAGGAGACUGCACAAUAAUGACAGUGCCAGAAAUACCCAGUCCUCUCUUUGUUGACCUACCAAUGCUUCCUGAGGGGUUAGUCACCCCAGAGACAUCACCCAUCAACCAAGUAAUCUUCAGGUAUUCAGAACAAGAGAAUAAUGAAAUUGACUUCUUAGUAAAACAGAUUGGCUCUUUAGCCAAUGUCUUUAACAAUGUGGCUACUAAAGAUAUUCCAUGCUCUGAGAGUGUGGUAUUGAGUGGCCAUGGACUGGCAUGCCGAAGUGUUUCCCUCCCUGCCAGUCUUCCAGAUGCAGAUAUUAAUCUGAACUUUCCUCGAUCCUGGAAGAGCAUUGACUUUUCUGUUUUCUUGACAUGUCAAGAACAGUUUGGCCCCACAGGUAGCCAUCCGGUUUGCAGUCUUUUCAAGGACUUCUCCGAUUCUCCACCUUUUGCCACCAUGAGGCCUCCUUGCAGUCCUGUGGAGGAGGAUGAACUAGGAGGGGACAUCUCCACAUCUCCAUCCCUGACUUCGAACGUGACGACUGAUCUGUCGCCAGAAGAAUGUAACUUCUUAGAGGAACUGAUGUCCUACAAAACAGACCUUGAGGCAGGUGCCUCAGAGAUUCAAUGUGACCACUUUAAUGAUGAGUUGUAUCAACUCCAGAUUGAGCUGCAAGACGGCUUCCAGCAAGAUGGAAGUGGAAAACCUUCGUUUUGA